UUGUUGUUAGGAGCAUGUGCUCUCACCAGCUGAGCAGAUCACUGGCCCAUGUGGAAAUCGAACCGGCGACGCUGAUGCUCAGAGAUUGCGCUCUUAAGCAACUAAGCCACUCGGCCAGCCCAAAACUUAUUUUUAAUAGUAGCCAUAUUAAUGGUUUUUACCAUGGCAAGUAAUCAGAUGAUCACUAUUAUCAUCAAGUGUGAAAGCAUUUCAAUCUAAAAAUGGAACCAGAGAAUAUGAAAUGGAGAUUUUCACACAUGUGCCAUAAGGAAAAUGAAACUUAAGAAUCGAGAAACUGAUUUCCUUUAAGUGCGUGUUUUACAAAAGACCAAAACUUAUUUCCUACCAACGAACAUCUGUCAAGAAUCUCUCCCCAUGCUCAAGCCAAUGAAUUUACUGCUUGGACUCUGGCUCGACUUCCCCCUCUUUGUACUCCUUGCCCAUAAACAUAGCUCACCCCCGACGCUCAUCAAACUCUCCUGCAGCUUGCUACAGUUUGUGUUUCCAGAAUUGUAAUUCCUCUGCUAUUUCCAAAUUAACUUCGGGUAAUUCAAACUUGCCUCGGUUUACCUCUUUAUUUAGGUUGACAAAAGAUAACAAAUUGGAAUGUAUUUUGAAAAAGAAUUGUAACUGUCAGGAUCCAACCGGGGAAGCAGAAAAUAUUAAAAGGAGUUUAAUGGGGUAAACUGGAUACACAGGUCACAGAAAGACUGAGAAACCAGAGAUGACAACAGCAGAAAGCCAUUAAUAUCUACCUAUUCCUAGGGUAGAGGAGGCUCUGAGAAAGAGCAGAGCAUGUUGGAGUCUCUUCAGAACAGAUGUGGAAUUGACUGUGAUGUGGAUGAGCUUAUCAGAGGGAUGUGACAAUGAGUCAGGAACCCGGGACAGGUGAACCAAAAACAUACAAGGGCACCACCAAAAAGUCUCUGCUGGACAUGGGGAUUGAAGAAACCAAGACUAUUAUCAAGCCUCUGCUGAAAUCGGGAACAGAAGAAAACCAAGUUAGUGGGUUAACUAUAUCAACUCCAUAGCCUUCGCAAAGAAACCACCUAAAUCCUCCAAGUCUGAACAUUUUUAAAAAUUUGAGAUACCGUAACUGUAGAUUAGCAAGCAGUUUUAAGAAAUAAUAGUGACCCCGUGUGCCCUUUACCAGUUCCCACCAAUAGUAACAUCUUGUAAAACUAUGGCACAUUACAACCAGGAUACAGACAUCCAUAAGAUGAAGAUAUAGUACCGGAGCAUCUCUCUGCUUGCUAGAUGAAAUGCUGCCCAAUUCACAAGUCAUUUAAUAAAGCCAAUUAGAUCUUCAAAUUUAAGAAGAUACCGACACCUCCGUCAUGAAAGUCCCUAUGUGCCCUUUUAUAGCCACGCCCCAACUUUCAAGCAGACAUGAUCUAUCCUGGCCGCAACAGCGCCUAUACCGAACAAUGAACAAGGUUGCGCACUCAGCGGGUAAGGGCAGAGGGACAGGUACAGCCUCCUGCCCAGGUUCAGGGGAGACAUUAGAUGUCGGCGAGGCUGCCCCGCCCCUUCCGCCACAGCCGACCAACAGUUGCCGGAUGGGCGAGCCGCUUGACAGGAGCCGAAGACAACCGGAAGUGGGCAGCAGCUCUUCCCUUCCGCGGCUGCUGAGCCCAAAAUGGCAGACCUCCACCGUCAACUGCAGGAGUACCUGGCGCAGGGGAAAGCAGACAGGCCGGCGGCCACCGAGCCGCUGCUCGCCGCGGGAAAGGCGGAGGAGCCCGAGUCGGGGGACCCCGGGCCGCUGGGGGCGUGGCUAAGCCGCGCGGGCCUGCGCUGGACGUGGGCGCGGAGCCCCACAGAGCCGGCGGCGGGUCCGACGUGCACACUGAGCGUGACGCGCACGCAGCAGCUGGUGGCGAGUGGCGUGUGCCUGCUGUUGGCCACGCUCUGCUUCGGCCUGGCCUCGCUCUACGCGCCCAUGCUACUGCUACGGGCCCGCAAGUUCGCGCUGCUCUGGUCGCUGGGCUCAGUGCUGGCGCUGGCGGGCGGGAUGCUCCUGCGGGGUGGCGCGGCGUGCAGGCGUCUGUUGCGCGGCGAGGAGGCGCCGUCGCGGCCCGCGCUGCUCUACGUGGUUGCGCUGUGCGCCACCCUGUACGCAGCCCUCGUCCUGCGUAGUACGUUGUUCACGGCGCUGGGCGCCUGCGCGCAGGUGGCCGUGCUGUUAGCUGCUUUGUUGGACCUACUACCUAGAGGCACAAGCGCCGCGCUACGCCUAGCGCUCGGGCGCCUAGUCCCGGGAGCUGGCCUCUCCAAGGUGCUGCCCGUGUGAGGAGCCCGGAGACGCGCCGUUCCGGAGAGACGCCGGGCCAGCCCCCGGGUCGCGCUGUCGGAAGAGGACGCGGGGCCAGCGCCGACGUAGCCAAGUUCCCAGACCGCGCAAAGACUGUCUACUGUGCCAUCGAAUCUGUAAAUUUGGAGCGGCUGUUAAAAAACUGAGACACAGGCAGUUUCGGAAGAUGCUCAAUUUUAGCGUUUUGUUGUACAUUCGGUAGCUUGCGCACUGCAAACGAGAUUUGGUCGUUUAUGAGUUGGUGAUAAUGCAGUGAAGCAUUUGAUAAAUUGUUUUUUGCGCCUUAAAUCGAGCCCAGACUGAAGAAAAAAAAAAGGCUCUCGUUUUAAUUAGCUGCCCGUAUGACUCCUCACUUUCCUUUUACUUUUUGUGAUUUUAAAAAUCCAGUGGUAGAUUGUGGUUUACCUACCAUACACUUUUUUUCCCCUUUGGCUCUUGGAAAUUAUUUUCCCUCCUUCAAUGUGAGUGGAUCCAUAAGGGUAUUGGAUUAAAUUUAGACAUCGGAUUUUUUUAAGUUCUUUAGUUAAAACGGUUACCUCGGUUUUUUCUGUUAGUGGAAUUAUAAAUAUGGUGCCUUGUAAAGUCAGAAGAAAAUUGGUUCUGUCUUGACAAAAGCUAAAAAAAGGACGUGUUCUGCCCCAAGAAGCAUGGUAUCCAGUAAGGUACAUGUAAGUGCUUUGAGAGGUCCCUGGGCAGAACUAGAGGAUCCCUGGGAGACAGGAAGAUAAUUCUGCAUCCAGAGUUCCCAUGUUUAAUGGAAUUCAUGGAUUUCUACAAGGUCUAAUUAUAUUUCCUAAUUUUAUGAUCUGAACUGGAAUUUACACUUUGUGGGCCAAUCCUAAUGUAAGAUGCUUUUCAUAUCUAAUUGCCAAAUUGGCUUUCUAGGUUCAGCAUUUACUUUUGUCUAUGACUUUAUUGCACACCUUACUUUAUUGCCAGAAAUAUGGCAAUAUUUCUGAUGAGUCUAGAAAACUACAUUUUGUCACUAGCUAUGUAUUAACUAGAAAGUAAAACGUAUUUAGAACUUUAAAAUUCUAUUUCGGUGGUCCUCAGUUCACAUCAGAAUUGCUAGAAGAGCCAAAUUCUUGAUCAAUGCCAUCAGAAUCUCUGGGGGGGUGGGACCCAGGUACAAAUACUUUUUUUCGAGCUCCCCAGAUGAUUCCAUGUUCACCUAAGGUGGAGAACCACUUUUCUGUGCAUCAGAUUGUACAGUUUGAAAGUUUUCUGGGGCUGGAUUCCAGUGUUGCGUAAACCAGGGUCUGGCAAACUUGCGACAGAAGAGCCGCCAGGGGUUGGCAAACUGCAGCUCGCAAGCCACAUGCGGCUCUUUGGGUACAUACAUGUGGCU